AUGAAUUCCUCACCGGACUCCAAGAAAAAGCACAGCUUGCCACAGAAUCAACAGGAUGGGAAAUAUGCGCUCGCGGGAUACCUUGACAACAAUGUCUAUCAAUGCCUGGCCACCAGUGGUUGCUGCCGGCUUGAGCUCACUGCGCAAAGUGGGGAACCCGUCCAGGACGACCAGGUCGCCGAAAGAUACCACACACACAUUCAGGACCACGCGGGCAUCCGACUGAUUGAACCAGAGGUUCUCGGUGGGUAUGACCCGCAGAAGAAAGAGUUUUUGCAGGAAUUCGCCGUGGAGGAUGACCUUCCCGCUUUUGAAUGUACUCAGGCGACAGCCGACGCCUUCCAGGCAAAGCAUGGGGAGCACGUCUCCAUCCGUCACCUAGAAGAGUCCGACACGGUCCAAGUCCAGAUCAAAACCGGCGCCCGCCUUUGGAUCCCAAAGAUUGUCCCUCUCACCUCAAGUGUGGUGGCAGGGCUGCUCCCAACUGGGUGGAAUGCGGCCCGAUACAGCAUUUCUGACGACAUCAUCGGCCAAGUGGCCAACGUGACUCUUUACACCCUCUGCUGUGUGGCUGAGGCAUUCCUCAGUGCAGGGAUUGAGAAUCCACUCGAAAUCUUCACUGAAAUCCACUUGGCCGAGAUUGAGAAUUUCAUUGGAAGUUCCUUGGGUGGCACCGACAAGAAUCGGGAGAUGUUCCAUGAUGUUCGACUCGACAAGCGUGUUCAAGGAGGCGUUCUCCAGGAAACCAAUCUGAACACGCCUGCUGCCUGGGUGAACAUGCUAUUGCUUGGUUCCAGCGGCCCCAUCAAGACUCACGUCGGGGCCUGUGCGACCAGCCUGGAGUCCAUGGAUCUUGGAAUUGAUUCGAUUCUCAGGGCCACCGUCGACGCCGCCAAACAGUUUGUUGAGGGGCGCCAACCAGGCGAGUUUUCCCGUCCCACCGCGGAGACCCGAGCCGGUUUUCUGGAAGCUCAAGGCUGCGGUGUCCAACUCAUCUGCAGCGCUGAGACGGCGUUGGCCAUGGGGUUGCCCAUCUACGCGGUGGUGGCCGGCUCGACAAUAAGAUCAGCCGAUCGGUUCCCGCGCCAGGGAAAGGCCUUCUCACUUUCGCUAGAGAGUCCCUUACUGGAGGCAUUGCAUGCUACUCUUUCCCGCGUAACUGGCGCGGAUAUCGGCCAGGUGCACCUGGCCGGCACCACCGCCAUUGCCUCCGAACAUGUAAGCACCGCUCUUGUACAACAGCUCCGCCGACACUGGGGCAAUCAUUUCCGUGCCCAAAACCCAGAGAUCUCUCCCCUAAGAGCGUCUCUCGCAGUCUCUGGACUCACGGUCGACGAUAUCAGCGUUGUCUCACUUCAUGGGACCUCUACUAAAGCCAACGAUAUUAACGAACCCGAAGCGAUCAACACACAGAUGGCCCAUCUAGGUCGCAAGGGGCCGCCUCUCCUGGCUAUCUGUCAGAAAUCCAUCACGGGGCAUCCCAAGGCCGCUGCCGCGGCGUGGAUGCUCAACGGGUGUCUCCAAGUCUUGCAUUCCGGCCUGGUACCGGGGAACUAUAACUGUGACAACAUCGAUCCGGCCCUACAAUGCUUCGAGCAUCUUGUGUUUCCGACCGAACCGAUGCAGGUCCCCGAGGUCAAAGACUUCCUCCUCAACUCUUUCGGCUUUGGCCAGAAAGGCGCCCAGAUGGUGGGCGUGGCCCCGAAGUAUCUUUUUGCCACGCUCGGGAGCGACCACUACGCCAACUAUGUACGCAGAUACAGCCAACUCAUUAGGCUGGCCAAUCGGGCCUUUGCCAAAGCAGUGAUGUCAAACUCGAUCGUCAAAGCCCAUGUGCAUUCCCCCUACCGGAAGAAGGAUGAGGCUAGGGUGCUCCUUGAUCCGUUAGCUCGAGCCCGCAUUCAUCCAGACACCCAUGAGGUCUACUUCGACCCGUCCUCUCUCCACGGCGACCCCAUCGACAUUGCCCCAGCUCGGGCACAAGCGGAAACCAGGGGAGCACUCGUACCUCCUACCCGGACGACCCAGGACGAUGCCCUCCCUUCACUCGGUAUGGAGGCGUAUCGUGUGCUCGACCGCCUGCUGCGCUCCAUUGCGACUUCAACAUUCCCUAUCGGCUCUGUUGGGAUUGAUAUCGAGUCCCUCUCCCAAUUCACCGCUGAUGCCAAUCCCACGUUUUUCGCACGGAACUAUACCCGCGCCGAACGCGACCUCGCAAAACGCUCUCGUGAUCCGCACAGUGUCUAUGCCAGCCGCUGGUGCGCCAAGGAGGCCGUCUUCAAAAGCAUGGGUGUAAAAUCCCAGGUUGUGAUUCUAGAGCACUAG